AUGCAGCGUGGGGACACGACGGGCUCUGCCAGCGACGACGACAUGAGCUUGGACGGCUUGACGCUCAUCGAGCUCAUGACCAAAGGCAAAGAGAACGAAGUGCUCUGGCGCCUCCGCACGCCCGGCACCAUCACCGACGACGACCUCACGACCCUCGACGGGGAUGGCGACUCGGUGCUCUCGAUGGCAGCGCUCUCGGGCUCGUUGCCCGUCGUCCAAGCGCUUGUGGAGCUGACGCCGUAUCAGCGCAUUCCCAACUUUGCAUGGGUGACCAUGCAGCGAGCGGUCGCCUACAACCAUCUCCCGGUCGUAACGUACCUCUGGGCCGUCCUCGCGGACCCGUUGGAGCUCGUGUCGCCGACAAACGGCAACACGCUCUUGCACCACGCGGCAGACCACAGCGCCAUGGGCGUGCUUCGCUGGCUCGUCCCGCGCUUCUCGUCCGUUGACGUCACCAACAAUGACGGCGAGACGCCGUUUCUGGUCGCCGUGUCCAACGCCGACUAUACAUGCGCGGCCGUGCUUGCGGCGUACCCUUGA